UUGAAAAGAACGAUCUGAAAUCCACAUAAAUUGAACAUUUAAAAUUCUGAUGUAAAAUAAUUUAAUGUGAAAAGUUAAAAUGUCAUCAAAAUAACUUCUACAUUCGGAUCAUUUUUCAUGUGUCAAGGAAGAUGUGGAUUUGUGUAAAGAGGCCACACAUAUUAAUUGUGAUCAGGCUAAUGAUACGACCGCAGCUAUAAAUAUAAUAAGGGAGAUAAAGGAUGACAUUAAGCGCAUGAAGAAAAAAAAAUGAUAACAAAUCGAAACAAUUAAUACCAAUAAGGUAAUAGGCAAUAAAGAAUUGGAUCAUUUGGAAAUCAAACAAAAACAGAAAGUGGAAGAUUCGAACAAAAGUUUCUGGCAGGAAACAUGUACGACUAAAUACAAAAACAAAGACGAAAGUUCACUGGGGAAUGAGAGACCGAGUCAAGAAAUGCAAAUGUUAUACAUGUACUUAAAUGACGAUGUAGUGAUGACUUUGAAACAAUAGAUCGACCAAAAACAAUAACUCAAAUCGAACUUUCGCAUUAAAGAACGUUUUGGUUUAACUCAUUAUAUCUUGAACUUCUAUGAACAUAAGAAAUGGCAUCAAAGCAGAUUCAGUGUGAAAUGUGCCGUAAAGAAAAUGCAGUUGGAUAUUGCAAAACUUGUGGAAACGUGGGUGAAACUUGUGUAGAUAUUCAUAAGAGAGUAAAGGUGUUUCAAAAACAUACUGUCAUUAUGCACGAGGCUGUUAAAAUGCAUGAGGAUGGUACAGAAAAUCCAAAUGUCAUAUUGCGGGACAUCACAGAAGAAAGAUGUAAACAGCAUCCGACAGAAAAAGCUAUAUUUCUUUGUAAAAUUCAUGAUUCCACGAUUUGUGGCCGAUGUCUUCAUUCGGGACAUCGUCCUUGCGGAGAAGAAGUCGUUGACUUGUUGCAUGAAGUAGUUAACAUUGACUGCGAGAAAGUCAACACAAUGAAGUCAUUAUUGAUGGAAAUAAAAGAUGAGAUUCUACUUUUGAAAAAUGAAGCAGAACACAGUAAGGAGAAUUACAAGGAAAACGCUGAUAAAUGUGUGCAAGAAUGUAUGGGAUUUGAAAAUAAAAUUAAACAACGUGUAGAUGAAUUGACAAGUGGCAUUAGAGACGGAAUAACGAAGAAACAUAACGAAAACUUGACCAUUCAUUCCCAUAUUACUAAACUGUGUGAUGAGAAAACUAAGUGGUGUCGCGAUUUAGAAAGUAAAAUUGAUAGUUUUGUUGACAAAAAUAUGGCUGGACACCUGUAUCUAAUGAACAGAUAUUUUGAGAAAGAGGUUUCGGAUGCUAGAUCCCACCUUAAAGAAUUCAAACACAAACAUACUUUCAAAGGGUUUGACUUCAAAGAAAACAAGGUCAUACUAAAAUGCGUGUUUGAAGAUUUGGAGGAGGUUUGUGCACAUCAAGAAGAAAUUACUGGGAGCGACGAUGGCAAUGCCAAUGAUGUUGGCGCAUCAACCACAAAAAUAAACCAGACUCGGCGGGAGCUCACUGUACUGUUGAGUCAAAUCAAGCAAGACUUAGAUCAGUCAGAAAAGGUUUGUAAAAUUGUAUCCCGCCUUUGUACUUUAACAUGUGUUCUUAAACACACAAUACAUUAGAUAGCUAAAUACAUGAUUAAUUUAUUCUUAACAUGUGAUAGGGGGCAUUAUAUCAACGCAUGUUUUCUAUCGCAUUUCGAAGUGUGUCUCAUUAUAUACUUUGUUUUAAAUCUACAUUGGUAUUUGUCAAAUUGUGUAAAGUUUUUUUGUUUUGUUUUUUGGCUAUUGCAUAGCACACGAAUACUAAUGUUCAAAUCAUUUAGGCCGCUUAACUGAAAUAUGAUUAAAUCAUAUUAAUGCGUUUACCUUUUUAAAUACUACCUAAUCGGAUUUUAAAAUUAAAGAAAUAUUCUGGAAAAGCUUAGAAAAACAUUUCGAUAAAAGACUGGUUAUAAUGAUUGUAUGAGCGUCAUUCCGCAUUUUUUUUCUCAAUUUUUUGCUAAUUACUUUAUCUCAAUUAUAUUAUGCUUGUCGACAUGUUUAUCUACUUAGGAAGAAUUUUUAUGA